AUGAAUAUAAUUCAUUUAAGUAGUUCAAUACUACUCAUUCAAAAUAUUGUUGUAAAAGCUAUUCUUUUAUAUGUUACUUAUGUCACUAUUAUAUCAUUGGAAAGUCAAUCAUACUCAUCUUUAUCAUUGUCACAUUCAUUACGAUUAUCAUCAUCAUCUUCAUCAGCGGCGGCGGCGGCGGCGGCGUCAACGACAGCACCAGCAUCGUCAUCCUCAUCAUCAUCGUCGUCAGUAAAUUUAUUUUAUCAAACAAAAGAUUGGACAAUAAAAUUUUUUGACCAUAUUAAAAAUGAUAAUCAUGUUAUCUAUGAAGAACAAAAUAUGAAUGAACAAUUGGAAAAACGUGCUAUCAAUGAUUUAGUUUCAACAAAUUAUUGGAUUGAUUCAACUAUUUAUCAUCAAUCAAAUAAUACAGCAAUUGAUUGGGAUGCAUCAUAUGCUGAUACAACAUCAUUGAAUUAUGCUGUGUUAUCUACAAGAUAUUGUGAUUUAAUAAUGAGAACAUUACAAAAAGCUCCACUUACAGCGAAUAAACAAAAAUCAUGUACUAAAGUAAUAUUUACACCUAGACAAAUAUUAAUUAUUUGGGAAAAACGACAAGCUACAACGAAUACAUCAUCGAAUGUAGUUGGUGGUAAUGCUACAAUACAAAUUAAUACAACAUCAAUUGAUGUAAUUAAUGCAACUGAAUUUUCUAAUGCAUUUAUUACUACAUAUAAUACAACCACUCAAUCCAACGAUACAAUACAAUUGUUUGAUACACAAGCUGGACCAUCACAAUCUGCACCAAUCAAUUCAAGCACAACUCAAACUCAUACUACAACAAACAUCACAACUACAACUGGUCCAACUGCAUCUACUCAAACUACUCCAUCCACCGCAUCAACAACCACUAAUCCAAACAUAACCACCAUCACUCAACCAACAACACCCUACACAUCUAUCAACACGUCCACAACAACAUCGACCAGCAUCACUACUCCACCACUCACACUCAACGCAACCACUCUCACAACAACCCUCAACACCGCAACCGCAAACGCAAACGCAACCGCAACCGAAACCGCACCCACAACCACAAACAACACUCCUCUCACAAUCACACUCAACGCCACAACAACAUCCAUCACACCAGCAUCACAAUCUGCACCAAUCAAUUCAAGCACAACUCAAACUCAUACUACAACAAACAUCACAACUACAACUGGUCCAACUGCAUCUACUCAAACUACUCCAUCCACCGCAUCAACCACCACUAAUCCAAACAUAACCACCAUCACUCAACCAACAACACCCUACACAUCUAUCAACACGUCCACAACAACAUCGACCAGCAUCACUACUCCACCACUCACACUCAACGCAACCACUCUCACAACAACACUCAACACCGCAACCGAAACCGCACCCACAAUCACACUCAACGCCACAACAACAUCCAUCACACCAGCAUCACAAUCUGCACCAAUCAAUUCAAGCACAACUCAAACUCAAACUACAACAAACAUCACAACUACAACUGGUCCAACUGCAUCUACUGAAACUACUCCAUCCACCGCAUCAACCACAACCACAACCACAACCACAACCACCAAUCCAAACAUAACCACCAUCACUCUACCCACAACACCCUACACAUCUAUCAACACGUCCACAACAACAUCCACCAGCAUCACAACUACACCUUCCACACUCAACGCUACCACUCUCCCAACAACCCUCAACACCGCAACCGCAAACGCUACCGCAACCGCAACCACAACCACAACCACAAUCACACUCAACGCUACAACAACAUCCAUCACACCAGCAUCACAAUCUGCACCAAUCAAUUCAAGCACAACUCAAACUCUUACUACAACAAACAUCACAACUACAACUGGUCCAACUGCAUCUACUCAAACUACUCCAUCCACCGCAUCAACCACCACUAAUCCAAACAUAACCACCAUCACUCAACCAACAACACCCUACACAUCUAUCAACACGUCCACAACAACAUCGACCAGCAUCACUACUCCACCACUCACACUCAACGCAACCACUCUCACAACAACACUCAACACCGCAACCGCAAACGCAAACGCAACCGCAACCGAAACCGCACCCACAACCACAAACAACACUCCUCUCACAAUCACACUCAACGCCACAACAACAUCCAUCACACCAGCAUCACAAUCUGCACCAAUCAAUUCAAGCACAACUCAAACUCAAACUACAACAAACAUCACAACUACAACUGGUCCAACUGCAUCUACUCAAACUACUCCAUCCACCGCAUCAACCACCACUAAUCCAAACAUAACCACCAUCACUCAACCAACAACACCCUACACAUCUAUCAACACGUCCACAAUAACAUCGACCAGCAUCACUACUCCACCACUCACACUCAACGCAACCACUCUCACAACAACCCUCAACACCGCAACCGCAAACGCAAACGCAACUGCAACCGAAACCGCACCCACAAUCACACUCAACGCUACAACAACAUCCAUCACACCAGCAUCACAAUCUGCACCAAUCAAUUCAAGCACAACUCAAACUCAUACUACAACAAACAUCACAACUACAACUGGUCCAACUGCAUCUACUCAAACUACUCCAUCCACCGCAUCAACCACCACUAAUCCAAACAUAACCACCAUCACUCAACCAACAACACCCUACACAUCUAUCAACACGUCCACAACAACAUCGACCAGCAUCACUACUCCACCACUCACACUCAACGCAACCACUCUCACAACAACACUCAACACCGCAACCGCAAACGCAAACGCAACCGCAACCGAAACCGCACCCACAACCACAAACAACACUCCUCUCACAAUCACACUCAACGCCACAACAACAUCCAUCACACCAGCAUCACAAUCUGCACCAAUCAAUUCAAGCACAACUCAAACUCAUACUACAACAAACAUCACAACUACAACUGGUCCAACUGCAUCUAAUCAAACUACUCCAUCCACCGCAUCAACAACCACUAAUCCAAACAUAACCACCAUCACUCAAACAACAACACACUACACAUCUAUCAACACGUCCACAACAACAUCGACCAGCAUCAAUACUCCACCACUCACACUCAACGCAACCACUCUCACAACAACCCUCAACACCGCAACCGCAAACGCAAACGCAACCGCAACCGAAACCGCACCCACAAUCACACUCAACGCUACAACAACAUCCAUCACACCAGCAUCACAAUCUGCAUCAAUCAAUUCAAGCACAACUCAAACUCUUACUACAACAAACAUCACAACUACAACUGGUCCAACUGCAUCUAAUCAAACUACUCCAUCCACCGCAUCAACAACCACUAAUCCAAACAUAACCACCAUCACUCAAACAACAACACCCUACACAUCUAUCAACACGUCCACAACAACAUCGACCAGCAUCACUACUCCACCACUCACACUCAACGCAACCACUCUCACAACAACACUCAACACCGCAACCGCAAACGCAAACGCAACCGCAACCGAAACCGCACCCACAAUCACACUCAACGCUACAACAACAUCCAUCACACCAGCAUCACAAUCUGCACCAAUCAAUUCAAGCACAACUCAAACUCUUACUACAACAAACAUCACAACUACAACUGGUCCAACUGCAUCUACUCAAACUACUCCAUCCACCGCAUCAACAACCACUAAUCCAAACAUAACCACCAUCACUCAACCAACAACACCCUACACAUCUAUCAACACGUCCACAACAACAUCGACCAGCAUCACUACUCCACCACUCACACUCAACGCAACCACUCUCACAACAACCCUCAACACCGCAACCGCAAACGCAAACGCAACCGCAACCGAAACCGCACCCACAACCACAAACAACACUCCUCUCACAAUCACACUCAACGCUACAACAACAUCCAUCACACCAGCAUCACAAUCUGCACCAAUCAAUUCAAGCACAACUCAAACUCAUACUACAACAAACAUCACAACUACAACUGGUCCAACUGCAUCUACUCAAACUACUCCAUCCACCGCAUCAACCACCACUAAUCCAAACAUAACCACCAUCACUCAACCGACAACACCCUACACAUCUAUCAACACGUCCACAACAACAUCCACCAGCAUCACUACUCCACCACUCACACUCAACGCAACCACUCUCACAACAACCCUCAACACCGCAACCGCAAACGCAAACGCAACCGCAACCGAAACCGCACCCACAACCACAAACAACACUCCUCUCACAAUCACACUCAACGCCACAACAACAUCCAUCACACCAGCAUCACAAUCUGCACCAAUCAAUUCAAGCACAACUCAAACUCAUACUACAACAAACAUCACAACUACAACUGGUCCAACUGCAUCUACUCAAACUACUCCAUCCACCGCAUCAACCACCACUAAUCCAAACAUAACCACCAUCACUCAACCAACAACACCCUACACAUCUAUCAACACGUCCACAACAACAUCGACCAGCAUCACUACUCCACCACUCACACUCAACGCAACCACUCUCACAACAACCCUCAACAACGCAACCGCAAACGCAACCGCAACCGCAACCGAAGCCGCACCCACAACCACAAACAACACUCCUCUCACAAUCACACUCAACGCUACAACAACAUCCAUCACACCAGCAUCACAAUCUGCACCAAUCAAUUCAAGCACAACUCAAACUCAUACUACAACAAACAUCACAACUACAACUGGUCCAACUGCAUCUACUCAAACUACUCCAUCCACCGCAUCAACAACCACUAAUCCAAACAUAACCACCAUCACUCAACCAACAACACCCUACACAUCUAUCAACACGUCCACAACAACAUCGACCAGCAUCACUACUCCACCACUCACACUCAACGCAACCACUCUCACAACAACCCUCAACACCGCAACCGCAAACGCAACCGCAACCGCAACCGAAACCGCACCCACAACCACAAACAACACUCCUCUCACAAUCACACUCAACGCUACAACAACAUCCAUCACACCAGCAUCACAAUCUGCACCAAUCAAUUCAAGCACAACUCAAACUCAUACUACAACAAACAUCACAACUACAACUGGUCCAACUGCAUCUAAUCAAACUACUCCAUCCACCGCAUCAACAACCACUAAUCCAAACAUAACCACCAUCACUCAACCAACAACACCCUACACAUCUAUCAACACGUCCACAACAACAUCGACCAGCAUCACUACUCCACCACUCACACUCAACGCAACCACUCUCACAACAACCCUCAACACCGCAACCGCAACCGAAACCGCACCCACAACCACAAACAACACUCCUCUCACAAUCACACUCAACGCUACAACAACAUCCAUCACACCAGCAUCACAAUCUGCACCAAUCAAUUCAAGCACAACUCAAACUCAUACUACAACAAACAUCACAACUACAACUGGUCCAACUGCAUCUACUCAAACUACUCCAUCCACCGCAUCAACCACCACUAAUCCAAACAUAACCACCAUCACUCAACCAACAACACCCUACACAUCUAUCAACACGUCCACAACAACAUCGACCAGCAUCACUACUCCACCACUCACACUCAACGCAACCACUCUCACAACAACACUCAACACCGCAACCGCAAACGCAAACGCAACCGCAACCGAAACCGCACCCACAACCACAAACAACACUCCUCUCACAAUCACACUCAACGCUACAACAACAUCCAUCACACCAGCAUCACAAUCUGCACCAAUCAAUUCAAGCACAACUCAAACUCAUACUACAACAAACAUCACAACUACAACUGGUCCAACUGCAUCUACUCAAACUACUCCAUCCACCGCAUCAACAACCACUAAUCCAAACAUAACCACCAUCACUCAACCAACAACACCCUACACAUCUAUCAACACGUCCACAACAACAUCGACCAGCAUCACUACUCCACCACUCACACUCAACGCAACCACUCUCACAACAACACUCAACACCGCAACCGCAAACGCAAACGCAACCGCAACCGAAACCGCACCCACAACCACAAACAACACUCCUCUCACAAUCACACUCAACGCCACAACAACAUCCAUCACACCAGCAUCACAAUCUGCACCAAUCAAUUCAAGCACAACUCAAACUCAUACUACAACAAACAUCACAACUACAACUGGUCCAACUGCAUCUACUCAAACUACUCCAUCCACCGCAUCAACCACCACUAAUCCAAACAUAACCACCAUCACUCAACCAACAACACCCUACACAUCUAUCAACACGUCCACAACAACAUCGACCAGCAUCACUACUCCACCACUCACACUCAACGCAACCACUCUCACAACAACGCAACCGCAACCGAAACCGCACCCACAACCACAAACAACACUCCUCUCACAAUCACACUCAACGCUACAACAACAUCCAUCACACCAGCAUCACAAUCUGCACCAAUCAAUUCAAGCACAACUCAAACUCAUACUACAACAAACAUCACAACUACAACUGGUCCAACUGCAUCUACUCAAACUACUCCAUCCACCGCAUCAACCACCACUAAUCCAAACAUAA